AUGGUGUUACACACGCCAAUGAAGCAGCCCGUGAAUACAGAUGAAGUGAAGUCGCUGAUUCAUCAGCGGGGACAGGUCAAGGGAAAAGUGACGAGAAUUAAGAGUGCCCUUGACGAAGCCAAAAAGAACCCGCAGAGGAUAACCAAGGCGACGCUGAAGGUGUACGAGAAGAAGCUGGAAGCGCACUACCAGGAGUACGUGUUGCGCCAUCGUGAAGUGAUCAAAGCGGUUGACAAGAAGGAGGAACAAGAUGAUGUGCUCGACGUGUUUGACCAGCUUCACACCGAAACGCUGGUGCUGGUCGAAGAGCUGAUGGAGAUGUUUAACCAGCCGGUCGCUGGACCGGCCUUCCAAGUCGGUGCCAACGGAGUGGCGCCUCAAGUGAUCGUGCAACAGCAACCUCUUCGAGCACCGAUACCGAGCUUCGACGGGCAGACAGAGAAUUGGCCAAAGUUCAAGGCCAUGUUCGAAGACCUCGUCGGUCGCACCCGCGAUUCCGACGCCAUGAAGCUGCAUCACCUCGACAAAGCCCUGGUCGGUGAUGCAGCUGGGUUGAUCACCGCGAAGAUGAUUCAAGACAACAACUACGAGCAAGUUUGGAAGGAGAUCAGCGAGCAGUUCGAGAACCAACGUGUCAUCGUGGAUACGCACAUCGAUGGAUUGUUGCAGCUCAAGCCAAUCACCAAGGGAAGCUACAAGGACUUGCAGGCGCUUACCAAAGCCUGUGAUCGCCACGUCGCCGGAUUGCAGUACCAAGGACUCGUCGUCGACAAGCUGUCAGGACUUAUCAUUAACAAGCUAGUGGUAGGGUGCUUAGAUGAUAGUACUAGACAGCAGUGGGAAAGGACGCAGAAACAAGAAUCUCCUAACAGUCCCCCGUCCACUACACUGAGUCAGAACCUGCAGCAGCAAACCCCUCUCAACUCUUCAUGUUCAUCCAACCAUUCCCAGAGUUUGAAAACUGUGAUGUUGCUGACGGCUCUUGUCCUGAUCGAGAAUGAUGGAGAUCCCGUUCCUUGCCGUGCGCUUCUUGAUAGUGGUUCGCAAGUGAACUUUCUCUCCGAGCGGAUUGCCGACAAGUUGAAGGCCCCUCGUGAGUCGCUGUACGUUCCGAUCGCUGGUGUAGGUGGGUCAAAGAUGUAUGCUAGGGAGAAAGUCAGGGUUACCGUUCGUUCGAGAUACUCGGCCUUCGCCGCCAGUAUCGCAUGUCUGGUGGUUCCAAAGGUGACUGGAAUCAUCCCCGGAUCGAAGAUUGAUGUUUCCUCCUGGUCGAUCCCAGUGGGAAUCCAACUUGCGGAUCCAGAGUUCAAUGUCCCCGAUAGAAUUGAUAUGUUGAUUGGUGCCUCCAUGUUUUUCAGCCUGCUUAAGUCAGGACAGCUGCACCUGGUAGACGGUCUGCCAGAGUUGCGCGAAACUCAUUUCGGCUGGGUAUUUUCCGGUGAAAUCGAGAAUUCUGUGAACCAUUCACACAUCGCGAACAACGCUUCGUUGGAUGUGCUGAAUCAAACAAUUUCCAAGUUUUGGGAGGUCGAGGAUCUUGCCGAUCCAACGCCCCCACCCUCUGAUGUUGAUGAAUGUGAGAAGUUGUUCGUGGAAACGCAUCGUCGUUUACCGGCAGGUCGAUUUGUUGUUAGAUUACCGUUUCAUGAAGAUGUUUUAGGGUUGCCAGACAACCGUUCGCUCGCUCUUCGUCGGUUCCUGCUGUUGGAGCGCCGUCUCAACAGAGAACCAAGUCUGAAGCAGCAGUAUGCUAAGUUCAUUGAUGAGUAUGAAUCCCUUGGUCAUUGUCGUGAGAUUGAUGAGUCCACGGAUGUAGACCAGCAUCGGUACUACAUGCCCCACCACGCCGUCCUGAGGCCGACGAGCUCGACCACGAAACUGCGAGUAGUGUUCGACGCGUCGGCCAAGCAAGGUUCUACGGCGAAGUCGCUCAACGAGGUUCUCCACGUUGGAAAGCCGGUCCAAAUGCUUAUCGACUCGUCUCAGACGAGGUUCCAGAGAAUUCUGUGGAGGAGUGACUCUUCAAAGCCGAUUCGCGUGCUGGAGUUACAGACGGUAACUUACGGUACAGCAGCUGCCCCGUUCCUCUCGACCAGAUGUCUAGUUCAGUUGUGUCAAGAUGAAAGAGAGAAGUUUCCGCUAGCAGCCGAGGUGGUUCGUGAUGAUUGUUAUGUCGAUGAUAUCCUUUCCGGUGCUAGUUCCGCUGACGAAGCUGUAGUCGUCCAGCGGCAGAUUCGAAAGAUGCUUGAGUCUGGAGGUUUUCGUGUCCACAAAUGGAGCUCGAAUUGCCAGGAAGUGUUGAGUAGUGUUCCCGAAUCUGAUCGCGAGAAACUUGUGUGUCUCGAUCAAGGAAACGAGGUCGUCAAGGCACUGGGUCUGACAUGGUGUCCCCAGUCUGACGAAUUUAUGUUCGUGGUGCGUCUUCCAAAGAUGUCACCGAAUUCACCAAGCGAACUUUACAUGCAGAAGUUGUGGUUGAUUGAGUUGCCAUGGGACGCUAAGGUCGAAGGAGAUCUUCUGGCGUCGUGGUUGUGUUUCCGUAGAGCCCUCCCCAAGGUUAGUGAAAUUCGGAUUCCACGCUAUGUUAUCAGCCCGUCGACUGUCGCGAUUGAGCUUCAUGGAUUUUCCGACGCUUCCGUUGUUGCUUACGGUGCAAACAUUUACGUCCGGUGCAUCUUGUCCGACGGUAGAGCUCAACUUCGCCUCCUCUGCAGCAAAUCCAGAGUUUGUUCGCCCAAGAAAGAUCUCAACAUUCACCGCAAAGAGUUGAUGGCGUGUGAACUGUUGGCUCGCAUGAUGGUUAGAGUUCUCGAGACUGUCAAGUUCAAGUCCGAGUUCUGGGAAGGCCCAUUCUUCCUGAGAAUCGAAGUGUAUGAUGAGGAAAUCCCCCCAGAAAUUCCAGAUGAUGAACUCCCCGAGUUGAAGCUUGGUCCGAUCAUUGCAACCCCAGUGUUCAAUGAAGACCAGCUUCCGGAGUUUACAAGGUUCAGUUCGUUCAGAAAGCUGCAGCGUGUGAUGGCAUACGUGCAGCGUUUCAUCCAAAAUUGUCGUCAGAAAGAUCCGUCUUGUCAAGUGUUCAUGAUUCACCCAACGAUCCCUGAGUUGCGCGCUUCGCUGGAACUGAUCGUAAAGAUUAUUCAGCACGAAGCACUCAGUGACGACAUCCACCGUGUUCAGAAUGACGAACCGUGCAAGAAGAUUGCAGGUUUGCACCCGUUCUACCAGGACGGUGUCUUGAGAGCUCGCCCGAAGGUUGCUAGUCAGUUGAUGGGAAAUCUUCCUGCAUAUCGUGUCAACCAAGCUCUGCCGUUCGAGGUCACAGGUGUGGAUUACGCAGGUCCAGUUUAUGUCAAGGAAGGUCGAUACAAGCCCAAGAUCGUAAAAGCUUACAUCUCGGUGUUUGUCGUCGAGGACUUCCCCGAGAAAUCCACUCCGAUAACGGAACCAAUUUCUGCGGAGCGAAAACCGAGCUACAUGAGCUCUAUGAAUUGUUGA